GCUGCUGAUUGCCUGAAAUCUGUUCGGGCAAUCUUGGCUCACUUCCUCACUAACAUUUCCUCGUCUCUCAAUCCUUGACAGCUGGGUAAUCGCUUACGUCGGCAGCUGGCGAGAAGGUGUUUUUGGCGUAAACUACGCGGCGUUAAUUGUGACGUCGGUCUUCCGGUAUUCAAUCCGGCCGUCAAUUCCCAUCUCGUUUUUCAUAUUCCCCACACGUGCGUCACGGUUAGGCCCACAUACUAACAAGUUCACAAAUUGGCUGUAUAUUAAACUGUAAAAUCUUUUGCUAGUAAUUGUAAACAUAGAUUCAUAUCUUGAAAUUGUUUUUUUUUUUAACUUUGAACAUUUUUAAAUUUAAAAUCAUUUUAGCUGUCUAAAUUGCCCUUUCCUUAAAUUAGGCUAAACUCACACCCACCUUUACCACUGACCUUCAGUAACCUACCCCAAAAACAAGAUAUUUGAUUGUCUGACUUUACCUUAACCUUCAGAAAACCAGACACUUGACUGUCUGGCCUAACCUUUAUCCCUCUUUCGCUAUUCCCUUGCUAAAAUCUGUUAAGAAAUCAACAAUGUUACGCUCAUGAUGACGGAGUCGAUAACCGAGUUGUUUUUCUAUAACUGCGUAGAUGGGAUCCUUAAGCUUCCCUUCCCCGUCCCUUCUACUCUAAAGUGCUCUCUUUGUCCAAGUGGUAGAUAUGGUUCUAAGACUCAUGUUAAAAAUGCAGUAGAUCAUUUAAAAUUAAAACAUGGCUUGAUCGUUGUUACAAAAUAUUAUUGCCAAUUGUGCAAUCAAAUUUCUGAAGAACGUAUCAGAGCCAAAAGACACCAUGCUGUGUGCGACGAAGCACCUAGUGAUGACAGCACUGGCCAUGAAAGCAUUCCCAUACAGCAAUCAGAAAUUGCAGGAGAGGAUCUCAUCCUUCCCUAUCCUUGUGGAAACUGCAGAUGUCCACUGUGCCGUUGGUAUACAACGGCACAAGGCACAGUUGCAGCGCAGUCUAUUGAACACCAUAUAGCGCGCGAACACGGUUUGUCCACUAAAAGGAAAUGGAAAUGCAGAGCGUGCAACGUCAUACUAGAAGGGCAUGCCAUGAGAGAGCACUAUAAAGUACAUAGAAUCCCACAACAAACCACGCCUAAUUCAUCAAUAUCCUCUACCAACCCUUUGCUCUCAACAAACUUACCACAUUCACCCACCCUCUCUCUUGCAUCCAUAAGAAAUUCCUUAAUCUCCAGUAGUUCCACCCCGUCAACUACACAAAGUUCUAUUGCUUCCCACCAGAUAUCACCACCAAUCAUCCUUAACCUAGAGCCUAAUCUCCAGUCCCCUUCACCAUUGCGUAUUCCAACACCUAAUCCGAGCCAAACACCCCUUAGUUCUCCGGCUUCCACUUCUAGUUCGAGUCGAAACACUUCCUUUUCCUCCCCCUUAUCAUCUCCUAGCCAACUUGUGAACUCAGUAUCUACCGUCGACGUAGCGGGAACAGAAGACGAGUUUAGGGGGUUGUGGGCUUCAAGGAUAGAAUUGUGCACCUCCCUGCAGGGUCUUGAUUCCCUCCUCCGUGAAUGCACAGUUGAGUGGCUUAGGCUUUCAACGAAACCGGAAGACACAAUCUCCGCACCAAGAAGACAAACAACACCAACAGAGAGGACAAGAAGCCAUCGCAACCAAAAUCGACAACAACAAAAAAUAAGGCGUUCAGGAAGAAAGGCAGCAGAGGAAAAAGGCAAACUUCAACGCCUCUACUCACUCUAUCCUCGCAGAGCCGUAAGGAAAAUAUUAGAAGAGGAAUCCAUUGGCUACACGGGAACCAAGGAUUUGGCUGCUGCUUUCCUCGAAUCAACCUACUCCCAAACACCACCAUCAACUAACCAGGUUGACUGCGCGAGAGCCCAUUUCGACAGAUGUGAAUGGAAGAACCCAACAUCUGAAGAGCUCAGAAUUCUUUCCUCACCUCCAAGUCCAGAAGAAAUCAAGCAUAGACUCGGUAAAGCUUGCAACACCGCGCCUGGACGAGACGGCUUGGAAUAUCGGCACCUUCGUGCACUGGACACAAGCGGUCAUCUCCUAGCUUCCAUCUACCGCGCGGUAUGGACUUAUGGGAUUCCAGCUUGCUGGAAGACCUCGAGGACCGUUCCGAUAUACAAGAAAGGUGACUCCUCAGAUUAUGGGAACUUUCGGCCAAUAUCCCUUCUUCCGACAAUGUACAAGAUCUUCUCAGGAAUUUUGUCCUCAAGAAUAAUGUCAACUGCGACGAAGCUAGGAUGGAUUUCGUCAGAGCAAAAAGGGUUUCUACCAGGUGUUCGAGGCAUCCAGGAACACACACAUCUCCUUCACACUGUUAUCGAACAGGCGAAACAGUCCAAGAGGGAGAUGGUGAUUGCCUGGUUGGACCUCUCCAAUGCUUUUGGAUCCAUUCCUCACCCAAUUUUAAAUUGUCUAUUUCAGAGUCUACCAAUACCAGCUGAGCUUCGUCGCAUCCUAAGCGAUAUCUACUCAAACAACAUCAUGGAGUUUGCUGUUGGGCAAGAUUCCGUGCAGAUUCAUCCAACGGCUGGUGUUCGACAAGGCGACCCAUUAAGCAGCGUGGUAUUCAACCUGGCAGCUGAACCCAUCAUACGGACGGCAAAAUCAAAUAACCCCGGAUUCUCAGCGUUUCAAGCUAGGGUCUCAACUACAGCAUAUGCGGACGAUAUUGCCAUUGUAGGAUCGUCAAUCCGAGAAACGCAAAGAACUCUCAAUGCCGUAGAGGACACGGCAACCUCGCUAGGCUUGAAGUUCAAUCCAGGUAAGUGCACGUCCUUAACACUUAUUAACGGAAAAUCUGUUACAGACAACUCGCUGAAAAUCGGAGACGCCGAAAUCAGACCCCUGGCAGAAGACGAUCAAGAGGACUACCUAGGAACACCUCUAGGAGCUCGCCUGACCUUUCGUCCAACCACCUCUUUAGCUCAAAACUUAAUUAAAGUAGCAGAUUCUGGUUUAGCUCCCUGGCAGAAGUUAGAAGUAUACAGGAGUUGUCUUCUACCAUCGCUGUCUCAUCAUCUGGCGUCAGGAAGGGUGGAAAAGGGUGCUCUCUACGACCUGGAUGUCGCAUGCAGAGAUUUUCUACGCAGAGUUGCCAACGUCCCUAUCUCGUCUAACACAGCUUUCUUCUACGCAGACAGAAGAGUUGGGGGGCUUGGAAUGCUUCCUUUGACCGAGGAGGCUGAUAUCUGGACCAUAGCUAGAGCGAUGCAACUCCUAGACAGCGAGGACAAGUCCGUUAGCGAAGUGGCUAUGGCGCAACUGGAGGAGACAAUACGACUAGGAUACGGAAAGAGAGAAGUACCAUUCCCCAUACCAAUUAAUGAAUACUUGGCAGGGUCAAUGGACAAAGGACUUGGUGCCAUAAGACAUGGAGGAGCAUCCAUGAACCUCUGGACGCGUUCGAGGAGGGCAGCUGGCCACUUGAAGAGGAUCAAGAUUGAUGUAUCCGGCGAACAGUACUCCAAAAUCAUCGCCGAUGACAUCUCUUGCAUUUCCCUGAAAGCAGUCAGAGGACUCCGAACCGCCCUGAGAGGAAGAUGGACGUCAAGGCUACUGUCAGAGCAACAAGGGAAGGUUGCAACGGGGCUUGCACUCGACAUGGCGAAGGACACAGCAGCACUCAUCUCCUGCAGAACACCUCUAACAUUUCAAGAAUGGCACUACCUCCACCAAGCCAGACUUGGAAGACUUCCAGUUAGAGGGUGUCCAGGAUCUAAGUCCACAAACAAGACAUGUCGUCUUGGUUGUGGCAAAUUGGAAACAACAGACCAUGUCGUCUGCUGUUGCCAAGUCAAUUCAGCUCUAUCCAUUAAUAGACAUAAUUCUAUCUUAGAUCUAAUGGUGACAGAAGCGGAGGCGCUCGGCCACUCCGUUUCCGUCAAUCGGGCAAUUGACUCCACCGGAAUGCGACCUGACAUCGUCGUAACAUCGACGAACCCAGCUAUCAUUAUUGACGUGACGGUGCCACUCAGCAGUGCAGAAGGGUUAGAGAGGGCAAGGAAUAAGAAGAUAGAGAAGUACAAAGACCUUGGAUCUGUACUUCCUCUAGUCGUUGGUUCUCUCGGGUCCUGGCUUCCGAGCAACGACGCCAUAUCUCUAGCCCUCAGCAUUCCUGGAAGACGAUGGAACAACCUGAAGAGGAAGAUGAAACUCUUGGCCAUACAAGGAACAACCAGAAUAAUAGCAAAGCACUUGGCCUAUCAAACAGAAGGAAGCGAUCCACCGCCCGAAGAAGAUGAAGAAACAGAAGACAACAGUCUUCUGCAACAUUCUCUUUAAGGGUUUUUUAACGUAGCGUUGACACGUCGUCUCGCGAACUUUUUCCCUUUACAUAUUAAUGUAAAAACAUAAUUGUAUACAGCUUUAUUCCCAGUCCAUUGGAAAAUACAAAGCAUAAAAUCUGUUCUUAUCAGCUUAAUAUCUGAUACGGGUUCAAAUGAACCCCAGAAUAUUAAACUGAUUUUUGGAAUUCGGUGGGAUGUCAAUGCUUGCAUUGAUCCUGCCACGGGUUGACCCGGUAUUGCAGUACCUCCGGGCUCGGCUCACCCCUUAAAAGGGAUGUUUUACUGAAUUAAAUAAAUUUAUAAGUGCUCUUCUCUAUUAAUCUCGCAUCAUUAUGAGGUGGAAAAACUGACAUAAAUACGAUAUCUACAUAUUUUCUUAUCCUCAACAUAUCACUAU